GUGGCUUUUGAGCUGUGACUGCUCUAAGAGGUGCUUAUGUCAGUAACAAAGACGAUACUGUAUGCUUUGAUCAGCAUCAGCACGAUGACCGAAAGGAUAUCGGCAUCGACGCGCACUGGUCCGUGGGACAGAUAUACUUUAUUAGGUUUCAUCAGAACAUUCAUACCGACACGGAUGAUCUCCGACUUCGGAUGUGCUUUGGGCUUUUCAAUAUUCGACCCUGGAAGUAAAUUAUGCUUGUAUCCUGACAGGAAUGACUGGAAAGUUCAUUCCUUUCCGGACUCCGAAAGCGAAAUUUACCUUGAUGGCCCUUCGGUUAAGCUAGGGGUAAGAUGGCGGCUUGACUCAUAUUGCGGCCUUCAAAGUCCACCUCAAGUCUACGGGGAACACAUCGGGCGAUGGGUUCUUUGCUGGCUGGCUUUAGAAAGUGGCAACACUUUCUCUGAAGUAUACGAUAAUGAUUGGGACGUUUGCCAACAUGAUUCCAUUUGAAAGUACGCAGAUUCUAGAAAGCAUCAUCCAACAUUCUACCAAGACCAACGACCAACAAACGCGAGCAGUUGUCGUCAGCCCGUGCCUUUCGGAAAAUUAUUGCACCAUCAACCCCGCAAGAGUCGUAUCCUCCACCAAAUCGGCACAAUCCAGCUCCAAAGCUGACACGAGUACCAGUCCCGUGGAGCGGGAAUCUACCACCUUUCUCGUAGUCUCGAAUAGG